UACAGUUUAUCGAGGCGUAUACAGCCGAAACAAUUACGAUUGAGCCGAUUCUAAAGCCCUUUCUGUUGGAUUACAUACCAGCCGUUGGGGAUAUCGACGCAUUCAUUAAGAUACCUCGACCUGAUGAGGUAGAAGAUAAUCUGGGUCUGACCGUUCUCGAUGAGCCAUCAGCAAAACAGAGUGAUCCAACAAUCCUAGGAAUGCAGCUGAGGAAUGAUGCUAAAGACGUGAUAACAUCCGAUGCACCGGUCAAGAAACUCGAUCGUGCUGACAAAAACACUCGUGAAAUUGAACAAUGGGUCACCAAUAUUAAG